CCAAAACCGUUGCGGGAAAAGGCGACGAACCAUGUACCGGCGGUCCUUGGAGCCGCAGCCGCUCGACGCGCUUUGGCUCGAGGCCGAGACCGAAGCCUUUGCGCUCAAGCUCGUGGGUCUCGAGGUGGCUACCGAGACUGCGCCCCGGGGCCCGCCGUCGCUUGGCGAGAUCAACGACCUCGACUUUUACGCGAUUGCCGACAACGACGACCCGGCACACACUGGCUCAUCGACGUCGUCGCCCGAGUCGAUCGAGCAGUACGACGAGAACGUUCGUCGCAGCGGCGCCCCACGGCACGUGUCGGGCUGUCGGCCACGCGGCGCACCAGGCAAGACGGUCAUCGAGAAGGCGUACUCGCAGAUCGACGUCACGCGCGUCCGCGCCGAAAUGCAACUCGUCGUGAGCCAGCUCCAGCGCGAAAAUGCGGAGCUCAAGAAGCGCCUCAAAGCGAGCGAGGCGCUCGCCAGUCAACAAAAGCAGCAGUUGCACGCAAAGCACAACCUCAAGGUUGCAGCCAAAGACCGCCACGUAGGGCAGCUCAAGGCGCAACUCGACGCCGAAUCGAAUGCCAAGGCCGCCCUCCUCGCCACGGUGGCGGCCCUCGAGACUGACCUCGCCGACGUUCGCUUUGAAAUGCGGAUGAUGGACAAGGCGUAUGCGAGCGAACGCGCCGCGUGGGUCGAGAAGGAGCAGCUGCUGCGGUCGUUGAAUACGUGAUCGUCGCAUUAAUACAGCGUCCGUCUUGCG